GACAUGACUAUCAGUUGGUAUGCAGUUUUGUUUGGUGUGCUCACACUGCGGUAUGAGCUUGUUAGAUGCACAGACAAGAGGAUAUUAGUGGAUAACCCACAGGAGCUGGCGGAGGAAGUUGCCAAUUUAAAAGAACUGGUUGCGCAGCAAGGACAACAAAUACAGUCGCUCACGUUGGCAUUGACGAAAGGAACUGGAUCCUCGUUCAUUAGAUGGGGUCGAACAAGCUGUCCGGGCAACGAAUCUGACCUAGUCUAUUCUGGUUUUAUGGCGGGUACGUUUGUUGACAAAACAAAGUACAUCGGGGACCAUGAUGGUGCCAACUACCUUUGCCUUUCUGACAACCCAACAUGGAGCCACUACUCUGACAACGCGGACAACAUUAUCUACCUGACUGCUGUAGAGUACAGCUUCAAUCCGCACCAAACGUCCGACAUAAUCUCCUUCCUCGGAUCAAACGUAUUCGGACAACAAGUCCCGUGUGCGGCGUGCAAGGUCUCACGUGGAGUGACAAUGAUGAUACCUGGUAGAAACACCUGCAAUUCCGGCUGGACGAAGGAAUAUAGCGGCUACAUAGUCGGUCCUUUUGCUGGUUAUUCGCAUGGUUCCGAAUAUGUAUGCCUUGAUGAUCGCCCAGAGGGUGUUAAUGGAACCACGAAUUUUGAUAACAGUAACGAGCUAUAUUUCGUAGAAGUUCAUUGCGGGGGUGGAAUGGAGUGUCCUCCAUAUGUGAACAACAGGGAACUUGCUUGUGUUGUGUGUUCUAUUUGAAUAUGACUUUAACAAGCAUCUUUAACAAGCUAAAGAGGCCAUGGGAAUGCUUGUACUAUAUUAACAUAAACAACUUACUAAUAUUCAAAAUCAAACUUUACUAAAGAAAUGAAAUGAUAAAUAAUGUUAAUUUCUAAUCUUCUGCCUUCU